GGUAUUUGUGACGUCUCGUGUGGUAAGCAGCGCUUGCGUUCACGCACGCGGUCAAAAAUGAGCUGCCGAGGUGCUGACGAAGAAGCUCCCAGAAGGUUAAGAAGGGGAAGAGAAGACGACACAAAAAGUAGCAGACGAACACGUUUUACGGAGUGAUGAUAUGAUGGUCACGUUGUGCUGAGCCGAGCUGUCUGCGUUUCAUUCAGUCAUCAAAUAUCUAUUAUUGUGUGCAUUAGUGCUUGUACGGUGUUAUAGCCACCGAAGUUGCGAGUCGAUAGUGAUUAGUUUUUGUGUAUAUAGAGAGAACAAAUUGACAAAUCACAACGAUGGGUAAUUCAGACGCUGCAGUGAAAAAAUUACCAAUGCAAAACGGCAACACGACCAAUCUCACACUCCUGGUAAAUGAAAAUUCGACGGAAAAUGGCACCGAGGAGUACGGCUCAAAUCUUAAAAUCCUGCCUACAAACGACGUGAUUCGGGAGCUCCAAACUAUUCUGCGUGACAGAACCACAUCACGCAGUGACUUCAAGUUCUACGCCGAUAGAUUAAUAAGACUUGUAAUUGAAGAGAGCUUGAAUCAGCUGCCAUUUACAAAAUGUGUUAUCACAACCCCAACUGGUUGCCAAUAUGAUGGUUUAAAGUACCAAAAAGGCAAUUGCGGAGUGUCCAUUGUCAGAAGUGGGGAAGCUAUGGAGCAAGGACUCAGAGACUGUUGCAGAAGUAUACGAAUUGGCAAAAUUCUUGUAGAAAGUGAUGUGGACACACAUGAAGCUAGAGUUGUUUACGCCAAAUUUCCAGAUGACAUUGCUAAAAGGAAAGUCCUUCUCAUGUAUCCAAUAAUGAGUACUGGCAACACUGUGAUAAAAGCAAUUGCUGUGCUUAAAGAGCAUAAUGUUCUUGAAGAAAAUAUUAUUCUCUCAAAUUUGUUUUGUACACCAUUUGCAGCAAAAACUUUAGUUACUGCAUUUCCAAAGAUGAAAAUUUUAACGUCAGAAAUUCACGCUGUUGCUCCAAAUCAUUUUGGACAGAAAUAUUUUGGCUGUAGAGAACGUGGUGUUUCCAAGAAAUAUAACUGAUUGGCUUUCACAGAAAAAAAAUUUGGAAGAUCAAAAUAUGCGUUAAU